AUGCACUUACACGCGUCCUCUCUUCCUCUCUGUGGCUACAACAAGCUGAAAGGAUCAUUUCCUCAACACACCGAUAGAGCCAUCAUGCAAUCUCAGCCUUCCAAGGAGGCCGAGGCGGAGGGCUACAUGAAGAGCGCCAAGAAACAUCUGGAGAAGAAGCUGUUUCAGUUCAAGGUAAACUACGGAGGCGCCGCCGAAGACUUCGACAAGGCGGCGCGAAUCUACGCAAACUUGAGAAACUACCCUAAGGCCCGUGAGGCAUGGACGCAAGCCGCAGCGACUCACAGUAAAGCCUGCGACCACUUCAACGCUGCGAACUCGAUGGAGAAGUUUGGCGACUUUGUUUCUCAGCACAUCCUUGCUUCUCAGAGCAUCCUAUCAAGUGGCAACACUACCGGCACGACAGGGAUGCUUAGCGAGCAUCUCUUUCAGGACGCCAUUCACGCCUACGAGGAGGCGUCUAACCUGUACGGUGUGGCCGCGAAUGGGACGAAGCAGGCGGCGGCUCUCAAGAAGGCAGCAGACCUUCUCUCGUGUUCGCUUGGGACACCGCAGUUUCGCCGCUCCAGCACCGACGGCACAACCGCCGCCGAUACGGCGUACCUGCGAAAAGAGUACAAACGCAUCAUUCCAGUGUUAAUCGAGCUGAUCAAGCGCAACUGGGAGACGAUGGGGUCAAAACCCUAUGAUCUGCCGGACAUCUACCGAUCCUACAUGCUUUUCUGUCUCCGCUCUGGCGAUGUCGAGGGCGCAGUGCAAACUCAAAAGGCGAUGAUUGGCAUCGUCUCCACCAGCCCAGCUGACGGCACGUACGACGACGGCCAGAAUCUCUUCCGCAUUCUCAAUCAGCCCACCAACGCUGCAAAGACCGGGCUGGAGAUCAUCGUGCUCUGCCUCAGCACGUCUAUCGAUGAUGGGUACACCUGGGCCAGGAUCGAGAUGGACCGUCUCAGGGCCGUGUUUGGCUUCUGCAAUUCUUCAGAAGAGCGCGCAGCUGCCGCACUGUUGGCUGCCUACGCCGAACGUGACGAGGAUGUCUUGCAAGAAGCACUGAAGACGAACUCGUGCUUUAACUUCCUCGCCGCAGACGUCUCUCGAAUUGCCAAGAAGCUAACGCUCGGGGGUAGGGUGCACCCCAAAGGGGUGGAAGCGCCAGUGACAGCUGCCGGCGGUGUGGCAAGCUCAGCUGCGCUGCCAUCUUCGUCACGAGCUUCGGUAGGCGCAUCCGAUACAGAAUCUGAUGACCUCCGAUAG